GGUCCCACAAUUCCAAACCUUAUUCUGUGCUGUUCUCAGGCACGGCUCCUUGCUGCUGCUCUUCCUGUUUCCCACCUAGUCCGCGUGUGUCAUCCUGAAUAGCAACCAUGGGGACCAUGUCUGAAGUCCAAGAGCAUCUAAAGGCGCUUAGCCGAGACUAUGUCUGCGAGCCAUUCCUAGAGUACCGGACGGUGUCUGGUGUCGCUGGUCCCUUGGUCAUAUUGGAAAAAGUGAAGGGUCCCAAGUUCCAGGAGAUUGUGAACCUCAGGCUCGCGGAUGGAGAGAUCAGACGAGGGCAAGUUCUCGAGAUCGAUGGCGACAAAGCCGUUGUCCAGGUCUUCGAGGGGACCUCUGGCAUUGACAACAAGCAUACGACAGUGGAGUUCACUGGCGAGGUGUUGAAAACGCCCGUGUCCAUCGACAUGCUUGGUCGCAUAUUCAACGGAUCUGGCAAACCCAUUGAUGAUGGGCCUCCCAUUCUUGCAGAAGCAUAUCUCGACAUUGCAGGCAGUUCCAUCAACCCCAGUGAGCGAACAUAUCCCGAAGAAAUGAUCCAGACGGGCAUUUCGACCAUCGACGUGAUGAACUCGAUUGCUCGCGGACAGAAGAUUCCUCUUUUCUCCGCCGCUGGUCUUCCACACAACGAAAUCGCUGCACAGAUUUGUCGGCAAGCAGGUCUUGUGAAGCCACUGGAGAAGAAGGAUGAUCUGCUGAAAGAUGACGAGGAGGAUAACUUCGCCAUUGUGUUCGCCGCUAUGGGUGUUAACAUGGAAACUGCCGCGUUCUUCAAGCGAGAUUUCGAAGAGAAUGGUUCCAUGGAGCGUGUGACACUCUUCCUCAAUCUGGCCAACGACCCUACUAUUGAGCGCAUUAUCACCCCUCGUAUUGCUCUUACAACUGCUGAGUACCUCGCCUACGAGUGUGGAAAGCACGUGCUUGUCAUCUUGACGGACAUGAGUUCAUACGCUGAUGCGCUUCGUGAGGUUUCUGCAGCACGUGAGGAAGUACCCGGCCGUCGUGGUUACCCUGGAUACAUGUACACCGAUCUUGCAACCAUUUAUGAGCGCGCUGGACGUAUUGAGGGUCGCAAGGGCUCCAUCACCCAGAUUCCUAUCCUGACCAUGCCUAAUGACGAUAUCACUCACCCUAUCCCUGAUCUUACUGGUUACAUUACGGAGGGACAAAUCUACAUCGACCGUCAGCUGCACAACAGACAGAUUUAUCCUCCGAUCAAUGUGUUGCCAUCUCUGUCUCGUCUUAUGAAGAGUGCUAUCGGAGAAGGAAUGACCCGCAAGGAUCAUGGUGAUGUCUCCAACCAGCUCUAUGCCAACUACGCUAUUGGUCGUGAUGUGCAAGCCAUGAAGGCUGUUGUUGGAGAAGAAGCCUUGUCAUCGGAAGAUCUGCUCUACCUGGAGUUCCUGGACAAGUUCGAGCACAGAUUCGUUACCCAGGGAGCCUAUGACGCGCGCGACAUCUACCAGUCUCUGGAUCUGGCAUGGACCCUUCUGCGUAUCUUCCCCCGUGAGAUGCUUCGUCGUGUGUCACCCAAGAUCUUGGAUGCCUUCUACAGCCGUGACUCCGACCACUAGAGAUCGAAGCUUAGUUUACCUGCCAGAAGCGGCUCGCUUGCCCGCCCUCUGCAUGCAUGCUAGCAUGUCCUGGAGCACCGGACCAUAUCGGAAUGUGACUCAUCCAUUGUCUAAGUGCCACCUUGGACGUAGGAGCCAGACCACAGUACGCUUUGUACGAAGACAUGGGAUUUACAAUAUCUCUGUUGUAGGCCAUACUUCGCCCUUAUAUGGCGUUCUACCAUGUUAGUGCAAUUCAGACACCUCCAUUGUGUAGUGCAACUUAAA